UAUAGCUCGAAAGACAUAUAUAGCGAGAUUGUUACAUGUAAGGCCAGUUAAUCAUUCGAAACCAGAGGCCACUAGUGUCAUUGACAGAUUAGCUGUAAGUAACAGGACAUCUGUUGUUAUGUCUACUACAAGUCGCUCAAGUCGAUCAAGUCAAAGUACGUCUGGGAGUUUACAAUGUUCUUUUGCGUCGAGUAAUAGUGUUUCACGAUCCUCACGCAGCUUAGAAUCCGACAAAGCACGCCGAUCGAGGAUCAAGGGCGGUUUGAAAGAUGCAAAGAAAGGUGAUAUGAUCCAAAUAGAACGGUCUACCUUUCUUCAUUACGUCAUAUAUAUAGGAAAGGAGAAGAUAGUGGAUUUCGUGGCGGACAAUGGAGGUGACGUUGCGGCACGUGACAUAUACGAGACCAUUGCCGAUUGCAACUUCGUGAUAGAUAAUUACUUGGACGACGAAAAAACGCCUUUACCAGCAGAUGAAAUUGUUCAGAGAGCACUUAGUUGUAUACCAAAGGAUCUUAAAUACGAUCUAGGCAGGUACAACUGUGAGCAUUUUGCCACAUGGUGUAGAUAUAAUUUUGCCUACUGUCACCAACCGUGUGAGGUGAUAGCCACUUUGGGAACUGUUGGCGAAAGUUCAGGGAGCCAUUCGAGCUCUUAAUCCAUUAACAAACAAUUGUCCAUUGGAACCUUAUUACCUAAAUAGAUAUAUAAGUAUAAUGACAUUGCAAAUAGAGAAAUUUAUGAAAUGUUCGAGAUGUCGUCCAUUUAUCAAAACAAAAAAUAACGAAUCAAUUCGUUUAACAAAAUAUGAAGCUUAACAGCUACUAUGGAUCCAUGGUCAGGUUUGGCUGUUCCAAAUAUAAAGCUUAUAAUUAUGUGUUAAAAAAGCGCACAAAAUAUCAUUUUAUUCAUAAAUUUAAGCAAGGAAGUAACUGAAUCAAUAUGUUGAUAUUGAAGCAUACCGACUCAGUCAGCAGGUAGUAGAUGGCUCAUCAUACUUAAAACAUCCGUCUUGAACUUUUUUUUGUGGUGCGACUGUGUACUCAGGUGAAUGAAGAGAUAAAAAAAGUAAAUACAAAACGGGAAGUAAAUCAACAAGCAAGGAAGUGUGACAAAAAACAUUUGAGAAACGAGGUGUCUAUGCCAAAUAUGAAUCAGCAAUAACUGCUUCUGUCUUGUUUGCUCUUUAUAGUUCCAAACAUCCCGUUCAUGUUUUAUCAUUUAAAUAUUUUUUAAACUGUUUUUGGUAGAUAAAUUGAUGACAAAAUACUUUAAACAUUAAAAUAAGCUUAAUUUUCCAUCCAGUUUAAAAUGUUUCCCUUUAGCCAUUUCUAUACAAUUUUGUGUACCAAUUCAGAUUCUUGUGGUUAUCCGGACUGCAUCCAGUUGAAUUAGCAUUUUUUGUAAAAUAUCACAAAACAAUAUUUUUUAUAUUUAUAUGAUUAAUUGAAUAAAGGGAAUUGGGAUCUUGAAC